AUGUGUCCAAUGAUUCUCAAUCGCCUCUCCGACGGCCCGGCAACGGUCCUCUCCCCUUCCCAGGAACACGCCUUCGCUCAGUUCCCGUCUCAGUCAUCCAUUGACUCUCCAGGGACCUUCAACGGCUACCCCGCAAGUUCAAACGUCGUCUUUGGCAGCAACAGCUCUGCGCAGCCUUCUCCAUCAAGCUUCGACGCCUCAUCUACACCCGUGCCUCCCAGGCCCUCCCGCAAGAGGUCUCGUGAUGAAGCCCAUUGUGAAGAGGUUGUUGCGCCUAGUACACUUCCAGCCCCCCAGGCGCCCAAACCUAAAGUCGAGCCCAUAUAUGGAGAAGGCAUGAUUCUUCUGAACCCACAGACUGGCUUGGCACUGUCUGCCGAGAGCCAGACCGGUACAUGGUAUGAACAAGAAUCCGAGCUGAGACAGGCUGCUGCUGCGCCUGUUGCGUCGCGUUCGAAUGCACUGCGCUCCGACAUUGGGGAAGUUAGCCGCAAGUCUCAACGCCUCGAUCAAUCUGCACCAGGUCUAGAUGAUAUUGCGCUCUCCUCGAUCCGCCAGCGUCUGAACGGUUCCGGCGCCAGUGACCAGCAUCGUGGUCUCAACACUGGGCCCGCUCCGCCUGCCGAGCCGUUAAUCGACGAUGCUACCCGUCUCCUGGGUAUUGGCUGGCAGCGCAUUAACGCCGAUGAUGACAUGGCUCCUGCUAUUCGCGGUUGGGCCAAGUACAUCGACAAUCAGUAUUCAGCCCACCUGCGUGACUCGCAAAUACUCAUCAAAAGCCGUGCUCUGAACGCCUAUCUUGUGGCUGCCACUCCGCACUCUGGGGUUUCGCCUGCCUUCUACCUCUUUACCGAAGACCUUACGCAAGGUCAGCUUGUGGCUUCUUCCUGGGAGCAAUGCCUCCAAAAUUUACGCAGCUCUCCAAUUGUCUUCGAGGGCGCCGUCCCACUCGCAGCCACCGACCGACCUGACGCGCAACCAGCCUCGUUCAACACCACGGACACUAGCGUACCACUUCUCCAACAAGCCCUUGCCAGCAAUCCGCAGACUUCGAGCUUUGAUGGACUGAGCGGAGGCGUAGAAACGGGAAUGGAGAUUGACUCCUGA